AUGUCAUCCUCAAGAGGAUCUUUCUCUGCGCCUGCGCAGGUCCAAGAGUUCGAUGGCGUUCUUUCUGACUUUGACGGCACGAUUAUCGAUUCCACAGACGCAAUUGUGAAACAUUGGCACGAAAUCGGCACCGAGCUGGGCGUCGACCCCAAGACUAUCCUGGCAACCUCCCAUGGCCGCCGCAGCAUUGACACAAUGGCACUUUACGACCAGACUAAGGCCAACUGGGAUUACGUAAAUUACAUCGAAGGCCAAAUCCCCAAAAAAUACGGCUCCGACGCCGUUGAAAUCCCCGGCGGCCGCGACCUCCUCACAGCCCUGGAAGACAACAAGGCACGCUGGGGCGUCGUCACAUCCGGCACACGCGCCCUGAUCGACGGCUGGCUCGAAGUCCUCGGCCUCACACAUCCAGAGAUGCUAGUAGUGGCCGAAGACGUGCCACUGGGCAAGCCAGACCCGCGCUGUUACCUCCUCGGCGCAAAGAAGCUCGGACUGGAAGAGUCCAAGUCGAUUGUCGUACUUGAGGAUGCACCCUCAGGUAUCAAGGCUGGCAAGGCUGCUGGGUACAAGGUUAUUGCGCUCAGCACUACGCACUCGCUGGAGAAGUUGCAGGAGGCUGGUGCGGACUGGAUUGUGCAGGAUCUGAGGAGCUUGCGUGUUGUUUCUGUUGAGGGAGGCAAGGUCAAGCUUGAGAUUCGGGAUGCGUUGCAAUAG